AUGGGAGUAGAUUUGAUAUUUCUGUCCCUGAAUCUUGACCAACGUCCUGUGCUAGAGUUGAACAUAGAAGGGAAAAGGAUCCUGGGUCUUUUGGAUACAGGAGCAGACAGAAGUAUAAUAGCUAAGAAAGAUUGGCCUUCAGGUUGGCCUGUGCAAUCUUCCUCUCAAACCUUUCAAGGACUUGGCUAUGCAAAAACUCCGGACAUGAGUGCAAGGCAGCUAAAGUGGCAGGAUCAGGAAGGGCAUUCCGGAGUUGUGCAACCAUAUGUACUUGAGUUGCCGAUUUCCCUAUGGGGAAGAGAUUUGUUAAAAGACAUGGGGUUUAAGUUAAGCAAUGAGUAUUCUCUUUCUGCCCAGCGCAUGAUGCAAGAUAUGGGUUAUGCUCCAGGCUUUGGAAUAGGGAAGACCAGCAAGAUCCAGUGUGGGUUCCUGAACGCCUUGUAUGAAAGAUUAGCCAUGAAGACCUUCCUAGGAAUCCUGAUGAUGCUGGCAGUGAUGGUGCCGGGAUGA